CCGCAGCCGUGAAGGAACGGCGCGGAGGCGGAACUACAGCGGCGAGCAGAGCCGUGCCGUGCCGCCCGGAGCGCGGCCGCGUUGCACCGGGGAAGCAUGGAGGAGCCGGCGGCCGGGCGAGCGGACGAGGCGUGCGGGCCCGCGGAGGGCGGCUCGGGGGCCGAGAAGGGCUGGGCGGGGGGGAGCGGCGACUGGAUGGCCGCUCAUCCCACGUUCACAGCAAUGAUGUCCCUCGAUAUAUCCGACAGCUCUCAGAUCUAUGCUGCGUUCCUGGUGUACCUGGACCUCCUGGAAGGGAGAAGCUGGCAUGAAGUGAAGCAUGUUGGAUUAGCAGAACUGCAGCUCGUAUGUUUACAUGCCCGUGAAAGAGAACAGGGAGAUCUCCAAGUGAUGGUACCGAUACCUGCGGAUGUGUUAGUGAGCCAUGAGAGGUUAAGAGAAAUCAUGAAGAAAGCUGCUCUCCCCCACGAUGAUCCUGACACCCCGCUGUCAAUUACCUUGGCCAUAGUUGAGACAGAUUCCACAAUAGUCUACUAUAAAAUGACUGAUGGCUUUGUGUUACCAGAGCCUCCUGAUGAUACUGAAGAUGCAGACAAUAAACAGUGGAAGAGGAAGAGACGGAAGCUUUCCAAGUAACGAAGACAAACAGACUUUUCUUGAACCACUCGAACAAAAAUCCAGGAACUUAAGUGUGUAAAUAAGCAGUGUGCAGAAGUCUGCCUUCUGCAUAUCAAGUGCAUGUUCAUGGAGCAUGGAGUUUUCUUGCAGCUACGCUGUAAUAAAAUACCACUCGAAGCAUGAAAUGGGUCAUGCUUUUGAGACAGAUUGCUCCAAUUAAUUACUAUAAAUAUACUUCUCAGAGGUUUGCACUGCAAGAUCUCUGAUUGAUACCUGUUUGGGUAUGUAACAAUGUACAGAUCCUUACCCAUAUUAUAAAUACUUAAUAAAGGUCAAUCUUAACAGUAUCCCUGCCAGAAAUCAUUACUAAGGGCUUUGUAGUUCACAGUGUCUUCAUCUUAACGCUGUCAGAAGUGGUCGUGCUACCUCCCAGGUUACAUUUCUGAAGGCUUCCUGCAGAAGUAACUACAUCUUUCACAUAACAGUCUUCUUCAGAUUAAACUUGAUGCCAUCCUAGUAAAAGCUUCCUGAGUAAAAAGAUAUCCUUGCCCCCAUCAUCCAGGGGGGAGCGUGCUGAUCUGGGGUCCUUGUUACCUGCAGGGAGCCCUUCGCUGGCUCACUCAUCCAGGAAAGCUACUUCAGAGCACUGGAGCAAUUCUCUGACACCAUCCCUUGUGAUAGCAUUAUUUUUCUGAUUUUGGUGAUACUUUGUUCUGCUGUAUGCUGUGACCACACUUGCUGCUCUUGGAUGUAUUUUAUGGACUCUGCUGCAUAUUCCAUAAAGCAAAUCUUAACUUUGCUAGGCUGCAUGCCAUUAGGUAA